ACAUUAAUUACAUAAUUAAGGCCACACGAAUUAAUUUUUAAACUGUUAUUUGAUUGAAUAUUUAAAUUAAGUUGAAAAUAAAUAUUUACUUCAUUCUUAACACCUAUAAAUGUUUGACUCCUUUAUUUUUAACCAAACAAAACACUUGCUUCCCCCAUGAUGGCUGUGAUAAGUUCAAGCGUCCGUUAUUCUCCGGACACACUAUCUUAAUAUGAAAAUCUGCCAAAUCUAUUUGCCUUUUUUUAUAGGCAAAUCACCAACUGUCUGCUUCAUUUCCUGUAAACGGUGAUCACAAUAAUAACCCGACAGGUUUCGGGGAGACUUAUCCGCCCCCUCCCAAAUAGCUGAAAGUCAUUUUAGUGUGGGAAUGGCAGUGCCUUUAUUGAUGGUUGAUGUAACAAUUACAAAGCCUAACUCGGUGCUUGCUCACCUAUCCUCAAACAGACCCCGCCCACUUUCUAAAAAAAAAAAAAAAUCUGGACCUUUUCCUCAGACAAAAGAGGAGCGUCUGCGAGCACGCUGAGCAUCCACCGACCUGACGCACCCGGCGCGCACACACGCACGCCUCCUCCAGACCCACCUGAAGACCUGCCGGCGCGCGCGAUUCCUGUCCUUGGUGAAGGACGGAGAAAAAAGAAGAUCUGGUUUUAUUCAUCCAUUUCUCCAGAAGAGCGCGGUUUGAAUGAUGUCAUACCUGUGGAUUCUGCUGUUAGGAAGCCUUUUAGCUUCACAUGGCCUGGCUGAAGAUGAUGCUGGUGCUUCAGAGACCACUGUGGAGGAGGAUGGUGCAGACGCAGCACCAGUAGGAGAAGGAGAAGAGGCUGGCGGUGACCAACCACAGGUAAGUGAGACUGAACCUGAACCUGAACCUGAACUUGAGCCUGAGCCGGAACCUGAGCCUGAACCUGAGCCUGAUGUUGCAUCUGAGCCUGAACCUGAGCCUGAUGUUGCAUCUGAGCCUGAGCCCGAGCCUGAGUCCGAGCCUGAUGUUGCAUCUGAGCCUGAGCCUGAGCCUGAGCCUGAUGUUGCAUCUGAGCCUGAUGUUGCAUCUGAGCCUGAGCCCGAGCCUGAGCCUGAACCUGAGCCUGAGCCUGAGCCUACAUCUGAGCCCGAACCCGAGGUUGAGCCUGAGCAAGAAACCCAGCCUGAAACACCUGCUCCAAUAGCAGCAGGAGAUACUGUUCCAUCAUUAGAAGGAAAUCCAGAUGAUACAGUAGAUGUCACACCCACUGCUACCAAAGUAGAAAGUGACAUUGAGGGGUCCGGAACACUAACAGAUCAGACGACCACUUCCACAACUGUUGCUACAUGUUGCAAUGGGGAGACAGGACAACUUAGUGAGACGACAACUGAAGUUGCUGCUGCUGAGGAGACAACUGUUUUAUCACAAGGCCCCAAAGGACCACCCGCUGAAACAACAACUACGAAUAAAGUGAAACCUGGUGGGAGGAUGCUUCAUCAAGAGCCCGCAAUCAAAGCUGAUAAUGUUCAAGGCCAACAAGCAGAGGGUCACAAUCAGGGAAAGCCUGCCCCGAUAGAAGGUCCAAAUAGCGGUUCAGAAGCAGAACAAAAGUCUAGCUCUGGAGCUCUAGCAGGAAUCCUGUCUUGCAUCGUUGUGUCUGCAGUGGGAGCCGUCAGUGGAUACUUUGCCUAUCAGAAGAAAAAACUGUGCUUUAAACAGGCAGAUCCUGAAGCUCCACAAAAAACAGAUGCACCCGAAGCAAAAUCAGAUGAUCCCCAAGUUCGUAACACCUUGCUGACCGAAACUGAAAAGCAGUGAUGUCCAACUCGCUGAAACACCUUCUCUCAAGCAAAAUGGCAAUCUCUCUGUUGGGCUCUUUCAUCUGGAGCUACAUUACUGUGAGGUCCUAGUGUAGGGCUGUGUGUUUUUAUUUCUGACUGUGUGUAUGUUGGUCAAUAUGAGUCCGUGUGUACAGCUUGCGUACGCGUUCUCUGUUUUCAUUUUUGUUAGCGUUGGGGGUUUAAAAGAAUUGGAGAUCAAGUGUGUAAACUUGAAGGGGCUAAAAAUGUUUUCACAGGAAAUGUAUUGAUAAAAUACAACUUCUUUCUUCUUUUUUUUUUUUUUUUUAAGAUUUCCCCUCCCUAGAGAUUAUAUUUUGAGUCUAACCAUAAAAUGGCUAAUGAAUUGCCUGUUUCUAAACAUCAUAUUUGAAGAUCCUUCUUUUGCAGUUUAUAUUGGAUUAUUUAAAGCAAAGUGAUUUUUUAAGCCAAUCAAGGAAAGUGAAGAAAAUGCACACACGUACAAGCAUUACUACCACUGUAUCACGUGGCUUCUGUGGAGGAGCUGUAGUAGUAGAAUGUGAACCAAAUUUUCUGCUGAUGCUUUUACAUGCGUUUCUGGUAGAGGCUCAGACAGCCAAAGACAUCACUGUUUGUUCUGUUUGGUUUAUGCUAAAGGGGUUGAAGAGUGACUACAUCUUCUAUCCAUAAAGAUAUAUUAUUAUUGAAUUUACAUUUCAAAGUUAAAUGUGAUAGGAGUCACCGAAAAAUCCCCCCAAUGAUCUUCGAGCAUUACGUUUCAAUGCAUUUAACAGCAAAUAAAAUAAAUUUCAUAAACUCAACAGACAUUUAACAGCAAAUAAAAUAAAUUUCAUAAACUCAACAGACAAGCAUAAAGUUUGGAGGUCCUGCAGUGAGGUAUUAAGCAUUGUUGCGAUGUAGUCUGUCAGUCUAGUGUAAUGCAGUAGCAGUAAUUACUUCUCCACAGUGCCUUUCACUGACACAGCAAGGCAUGGUCGAUCAGGAGACACAGGAAACAAUGUAAAGUUAAUUUAAAAGAAAAAAAAAAAAAAAGAAAAACAGAAUCACAGGGGAAUGUAUCAGAGCGGAGAAUGAAUGAUGUGUCAUUUAAAUCACAUAUAUAUCAAAUAAUCGCACACAAAUACAGUAAAUGAUUGUAACAGCUGCUUUUGACCACGUUUGCAACAGGCCAGUUUUAAUUCCUCUACAAUAUAAUUCACCUUCAAACAGCCUUGAUUUCUGCAGUAAAAGUCCCAAACUGCUCGUCUUAAAAUCUGAGCAGGCCUGUUGUUGUCAGUGCUUUUGUAAGAUUCAUUUGCAGAUACCAUGACCUGUGACUUUUAUAGGAAUUCUUUACAUUUAGAAGUGGUGCCUACGAGCCAACACUGACUGUCUUAAGUCAACACCUUUGCUUGUGGUAUUUUGUGAUUGCUGUUGUGAAAUGUGUCAGAAACAGCUGCGCUACUGCUUUGUUUUAGCUACUGUAGCACAAACUAACUUCUGAACAGACUUUUGUCUAAAUGUGGUUGUUUUUUUAUCUUCCCUGCUCCCUUUAAACUUUUAAAUGUGGUUAUAGAGAUUUCAGACUACUGCAGUUCUUGUAGAGUGUUAGUUGUAAAAGCACCAUAUAGCUGCAAUACAAGACAGAGACUGUUGCUAACAGCCUAGCCUCGAGCUGAAAUAUGAAUAGUCUGUGAUGUCAUAUAUUGAUUAAUUCUACACUUUGAAAUGUUGGUUAUAGACAGGGUCAAAACUUUGUUGUCUGCCAUGUUCUCUUGUUAUCUGUAAAAGCCAAUAGAGCAGAUUUUGUUGAGAUGCAAAGUGGAUAAUUUGUUUGGUAUACAUAAAAAAAUGCACAAAGUACUCUCUGAGUACCAGUAAAUUGUUUGGAGAUGACCAAUGAUGCCUUUAAAGUGAAAAAAGGAUCCUAUUUAAUGCAGCCCUGCUCAUUUUUGCAAUAUAUAUUCAGAAAACCUGCUUGAACUAAUUGUGUUGGAAGGGGAAUGCAACAAGGAUAACAUCUUGGAAAGACAGAGCCAGCACGAUCAUUGUGUCCCUGGCUUUCCCUGUUGUCACAAGAGGCUGAAACAAAGCAUCCAAACCAGAAUGUAAGCCUUGGACCCUGAAGUGCACUUCACUGAUCAUGCUAAAGGACAUCAGCUAACACUAAAACUAGGAGCUAUGUCUUUAAAAAAUAACAUAGAGAAACAAGCAGAGAUGUUUUGUAAGAACAUUCUCAUUGGGAGAAGCACUUUUUAUCCUGUAUACAUCUUGAUAUGUAAUAAACAAGUUGAGACAAGUGUGAAUCUUUUCCUGCUAAUUUAAAUUCCAUGUUUUUAUCCUGUGUAUGAACUUCAUGUUGUAACCUGGCACUUGUGGCUUCUGGAGAUGUGUAAAUAAUAUUUGAUGAUUAAAAUGAACUGUUUCGGUGGGA